AUUUCUGGGUCAGCUGGUGCUGGCGUCAGGCGGAGGGAUGGGCUGGCUCAGCUCGACCCGGCAGGGCUUGUUUACUAUGGCUGAUGAUCUGGAGCAGCAGCCUCAAGGCUGGCUGAGCAGCUGGCUGCCCGCUUGGCGCCCCACUUCCAUGUCUCAGCUGAAGAAUGUGGAAGCCAGGAUCCUCCAGUGCCUCCAGAACAAGUUCCUGGCCCGAUAUGUGUCCCUCCCAAACCAGAACAAGAUCUGGACGGUGACAGUGAGCCCUGAGCUCAGGGACCGCACCCCCCUGGUGAUGGUGCAUGGCUUUGGGGGCGGCGUGGGCCUCUGGAUCCUCAACAUGGAUUCACUGAGCGCCCGCCGCACUCUGCACACCUUCGAUCUGCUCGGCUUCGGGCGAAGCUCUAGGCCAACGUUCCCGAGGGACCCAGAGGGGGCCGAGGACGAGUUUGUGACCUCUAUAGAGACGUGGCGGGAGACCAUGGGGAUCCCCAGUAUGAUCCUCCUGGGGCACAGUCUGGGAGGAUUCCUGGCCACUUCCUACUCCAUCAAGUACCCUGACAGAGUUAAACACCUCAUCCUGGUGGACCCAUGGGGCUUUCCCCUCCGACCAACUGACCCCAGUCAGAUCCGUGCACCCCCGACCUGGGUCAAGGCUGUGGCCUCUGUCCUAGGGCGUUCCAAUCCACUGGCUGUUCUUCGAGUAGCUGGGCCCUGGGGGCCCAGCCUGGUACAGCGAUUCCGACCAGACUUCAAACGCAAGUUUGCAGACUUCUUUGACGAUGAUACUAUAUCGGAGUAUAUCUACCACUGCAAUGCCCAGAAUCCCAGCGGGGAGACAGCAUUCAAAACCAUGAUGGAGUCCUUCGGCUGGGCCCGGCGACCCAUGUUAGAGCGAAUUCACUUGAUUCAAAAAGAAAUGCCCAUCACCAUGAUCUACGGGGCCAACACCUGGAUAGACACCAGCACGGGAAAAAAGGUGAAGCUGCAGCGGCCGGAUUCCUACGUCCGAGACAUGGAGAUCGAGGGCGCCUCACACCACGUGUACGCGGACCAGCCACACAUCUUCAACGCAGUGGUGGAGGAGAUCUGCGACUCGGUUGAUUGAGCUGCUCUCCCUAGAGGGCAAGGAGAAAGCCAGAGAUUCACUCUCACCUCCCUGUCUCCUUACUUACCCCUCUGUCCCUUCCUGACCAACUAACAUGUGCCAGCCAGGCAGAGUCUCGGGCUGUCCCCAGGGCAGGACCACAGAAGGAGAGCACUCCUCUCUACGCUAAGGGCUAGAGGCAAAAGCCACAAGUGGCCUUGAGCUCCCCACCCCAGGGAAGAGCAUAAAGGCUUGCAGAGUGCCACCCCAUUCUCUCCAUGCCGAGUGUUACCCAGGUGUGGUUAUGAAGGGUCACACCAAGCUGCGUCCCCCCUGUGCCAAAGGGAGGGCGGCCGCCUCCCCUGGGCGAAGGAGAGGCUCUCAGUGGCCUUUCCUGGCUCUGGAGUGUGUGUGGGGUAAGUUCCGUGCAGGAACAUCUUCCUCCCCCGUCACCCCCGGCCCCCCGGCCCAUGCCAGUUCUGUCCGGAGUCUGGUUGGGACUGGUUCCCACUUAAGUACCAAGAGCAGGUCCUGCAGCUCCCGUGACCUGAGAGGUCAUAUCCAAAGCCCUCAUUAACAGAGGAGGCCCAGGGCAGGGCAGGGCAUGGCUGGUCCAUGGUGAGACAGCUCUGUUCCAGGAGAGCUAGGGCUGGCACCCUGAGAGCUGGCAUGCUGAGAGCCAGUGCUCACAGCAGACUCUGUUUGCUAAGGUUUGAGGCAAGCACCAUUGCCAUGGGGCUGGUCCUGGCUGAGGAUAAGCCCAACCCAGCCCUGCAUUCCAGCCUCAUUGUACGGGGGUGCUGUUUGCCUGCCCUGUGUCUCAGCCCCAGCUGCCUAAGCUGGGAACAUUCAAGUGCUUCCUUUCUGCCCCCUCUUCCUCCCGCUGGGAGGCCUCUGGGCCUCCCUCUGUGCCUUGGGCCCUGAAGCCCCACCCAUAGUGUUGAGAAAGGUGGCCCCUGGUGGAGAGAAGGGAAAGGCCCUUCAACCCUGAGCCGUGUCUGGAUCCCCAUCCUCUCUAGUAUCCGCAGGGUUUUUCUACCUGCCCCCGGAGCUGAGGCUCACGUGAGCCUCCGCCCAGGGUCCAGUGGGGAGCCUCCAGCCGGCAGUUGCCUGUCCUCAUCAGCCACAGGAUGGUUCUCACUGCCUGGCCCUCCAUCCCUGCCACCUGUCCUUCUGGUCUCCAGCUCAUCAGCCCCCGACCCCCCGUCACUCUCUCCCAGCAGCUGGUUCCAGGUGCUGCUCCGAGGUUCUGGGCAGUAGGCUGGGCCUGGCCCCAGAACCAGGGCAGCUCUUGCCUACUCCUUCACUUUUGUAAAGCCAACCCUUUCACCAGAAUAGUAUUAACUCCUGGUGCUUUGUACUACUGGUCCAGCUGCCUUGGGCUCCUUUUCUAUAUUAAUAAAUAAAUGAGUCAAAACUG